AUGAUGAUUGAGAGCUCGGCGUUGAAGCUGUCGGUGAAGGAGAAGAAAAAGCUUGCUUCUUACGCGCACAGUUUGGGUGACAAACUGAAAUGUCAACUAGUUGGCAAGUCAGGCGUCACGGAUUCAGUCGUCUUCUCCUUCUUAGAGACGCUGAAGAAGAACGAGCUCGUAAAGGUGAAAAUACACAAGACAUGCCCUGGAGAGCUUGAGGACGUUAUUCUGCAUUUGGAGAAAGCCACUGGUUCAGUAGUAGCCGGACAAAUCGCGCGGACUGUGAUAUUGUAUCGUCCUAGUCCCACCAAAUUGAAAGCUGAGGAGAAAAACAAAGGAAACACUGAUGAUGUUGGAGAGUUGCAAUGA